CACAGUCACUUGAGUUCCAUCAACAAAAGCAGCAGCAUGAGGUUUCUGGUAUGUGUAGUAUUUGUAGCUUCCGCGGUUUACGCUAAAGAUGCUGAAACAAAGAAGAAUGAGAAGAGAGGAUUAGAUCUUUCCAUUGGCGGAGGAGAUUUUGGAGGACAUGGAGGAUUCGGUGGAGGAAUAGGGGGAGGAUUUGGUGGUGGACAUGGAUUAGGAGGAGGAUUUGGGGGUGGAAUUGGAGGAGGAAUCGGUGGAGGCAUUGGAGGAGGAGAUGGUCACGGAAAAAUCACGCACAUCACCCUCCACAAACAAAUCGCAAUUCACACCCCAGUACAUGUUCCAUACCCAGUUGAAAAGAAGAUCCCUGUACCCGUCAAAGUCCCAGUUCCAGUUCAUGUUGAUAAACCAUACCCAGUUCAUGUACCAAAACCAUACCCAGUUCAUAUUGACAAGCCUGUCCCAUACCCAGUCGAAAAAACCAUUAAAGUACCAGUAUCCGUUCCAGUUAAAGUACCAGUUCCAGUUAAAGUACCAGUCCAUGUCCCACAACCAUACCCAGUCAAAGUACACAAACCAGUACCAGUACCAAUCCACGAAACUGUUUACGUUAAGAAACCUGUACCAGUUAUCAUCCACACCGGGCAUGGACAUGGAGAUAGCGGAUUCGGUGGAGGACUUGGAGGAGGAUUAGGAGGAGGAUUCGGUGGUGGACAUGGAGGUUUUGGAGGAGGAAUCGGUGGAGGACACGAUUUCGGUGGCAGCUCUUUCGGAGGUAGCUCCUUCGGCGGAAGCUCCUUUGGUGGAAAAUACUAACAAAAGUCCAUGCCAUGGAUAGCUUGGGUCCUGUAAGAUCCAAGAUUUUCCUGUAGAAACCAAAUGCGGCGACUGUGUGAUCUAAUUUAAGUUUAUUUAUGGUGCAAGAGGUAGCGCGAAUUGUUUAUUAAAAUUAACAAUUUUAGUAACUCGCGAUUUCCUCUUGACUGCUCAACCUCAAAUUUUUGUUGUAAAUCACUCUUUUGUACAUUACAAUAAAUAAAAAAUAUAAAUAAAAUCUAAAUCAUA